AGUGGAGGCACCAGUAGACCGUGGGACAGCGAGAGGGGCGGCGCGAAGAGAAGGCAAACUGCAGAACUGUGGAGUUAUAAAUGUUGACAUGUGGAGGAAGUGCAAUUGUAUCAAACUCUUGUUUUAGAAUAACUGUGUACGAGCAGCGGAGAUCCAUCGCCUGUGUGUUUCACCGCCUGCCCUCUUGAUACAUUCACAGUUGGAUUAAAGGGUGAGGGAAGGAGAGGGGGGUCGCUUUCAGUUAUUUUCGUUUGCUCAAAGAAGAGUUGUUUAUAUUUGUUAUUCGGGGAAUGCAACUGUUUGAGAAGCGCUGGACGGGUUAAACAUGUGGAAAAUGGCACCUUUGACAUGUCCCGGUGGAAAGAUGAUUCGGAAGCAAUGAGCUGCCCUGACCAUGGCCAAUGGAACCGGUCCGAAGAGUAUGUUAAAGUGCGUGGUGAUCGGUGACGGAGCGGUGGGCAAAACUUGUCUCUUGAUGAGCUACGCCAACGACGCUUUUCCAGAGGAAUAUGUGCCAACUGUGUUCGACCAUUAUGCGGUGACUGUCACGGUGGGAGGUAAACAGUAUCUCCUUGGACUUUAUGACACUGCAGGGCAGGAAGAUUACGACCGUCUGAGACCUCUGUCUUAUCCUAUGACCGAUGUCUUCUUGAUCUGCUUUUCGGUUGUGAAUCCAGCAUCGUUUCAGAAUGUAAGGGAAGAGUGGGUCCCCGAACUUAAAGAAUAUGCACCAAAUGUUCCAUUCCUGUUAGUUGGAACGCAGAUUGACCUUCGUGAUGACCCAAGAACUUUGACGAGACUAAAUACCUUGAAGGAAAAGCCUGUGACAACAGAACAAGGGGAAAAGUUGGCAAAAGGGAUUGGAGCAUAUUGCUAUGUGGAGUGUUCAGCAUUAACACAGAAAGGACUGAAGACUGUUUUUGAUGAAGCCAUAAUAGCUAUUCUAACUCCAAAGAAAAAUGUUUUGAAAAAAAGACUUGGAUCAAGAUGUAUAAACUGCUGUAUGAUCACAUGAGGAUACAGACAAGGAUGAUCCAGUCCACUGUGAAGAACCCUCCAACUAUUAAAUAAGUGCUUGUAUUACAUAUGUGUGCAUUACGGCUAAAGAAGAAAGUAAUUUAGAUUUAUCAUCAAACUGCACAAGUUUUGAACUGUCCAGAGAGGGAAAAAGAACAACAAAUUAAUAUCAUAUGGAGGAAUUUAUUUUCCUGGAAGAUACAAUGUUAAGAUUCUCAGGGGUCAUUUCACUUGCAAGUUACAAUUUUUAUUUCCCCUUGAAAUCGGGAAACGAAUCAUCCAAGGAUUUCCACAAAAAAUCUAUUGUCUUGGAACACGCGCGUUCAAGUAGACGUUUAACUCUGCAAACAUAACCUUGGAUGGAUGACAAAUGCCCACAUAUGCAGUACAAAAUGGAGCUAGUUUAACCAAAUAUUACAGCAUUUUCGGCAACUUGAAAUCAUCUGCAUUUGUAUGUGAGGUGCUUCCUGUUCCAGUAUAUCCACAAAGGCGCAACGACAAGACUGACAGUGAAUCCAAGUGUUGCUCCAAGUGUACAGGAAAUUGGCCACACCUGUGAAAAGUAACAAAUACAUAAUGUUGAGGUUGCACAUGAGGAAACUCUUAAGCUUUUUUUUGGCUUAACCUGGCUCUAAUUAAAGUGCAAAAUUAAAUCGUUUUUUAGAACAGUCAGAUUUGUUCCAUAUUGUUGCACUCAUGGGAAAACGGAAAGAUUUAAAUGACUUUUGUAGUUUUAUUUUCAUCACUGCAGCCACUUAUUCAUGCACAGAAAUUUUCUUAAAGACCACAAUUUUUUUUUGUUGUAGAUUUUGCCUACUUCAUGUUAUUUAAAAAAUGUUAAACACUAACUUAUGCCAUGCCUGUAUUAAUCAAGAUCCUUCUUGAUUUUGAAAGAUAUCGGGUCGAUCCUCUUGGUACAGAACGUGAAACAAUUCCCACGAGUUAAGCUACAGCUGAAGUUUAACCACCCUCUUCCCACUCCCUAUCCUUUGAGUGUAAAUAAGCUACAUGCUGAGGAAUCAACUUUGUAAUGUUGUUUGAUACGAAAAUAAAUUUUAUUAUCUCAA